CUCAAGCGGCGACGCGUCGCCUGCUCGCUGCUCGCGCUGAGAUGGACGGAAGAGGCGGAUGGGUACUGGCAGGACGUCAGGGAGGCGCUUGAACAGCUGCGGGAAGGCAUCGAGAGGGAGACCUUGAAGCUAGGCGCGAUCUUGGCCGGCCAGGCGGAUCCAGGCCUGGAAGCGGAAGAACGGUACCAGCGGCUAACACCGCCGUGGUCGGGAGGUCUUCCCUUCGCUCCUAGUGUCCAGAAGCCGAACGGGGACUUUGCGCCCACCACAUCGGAUAAGGAGAAGAUGGAGGGCCAUGUGGUGAUCAUCCAGAAGGCGUUGGAGCGGGCAUGGGAGGAAACGGCGAUGUUGCGGCGUCACUUGGCGGGCGACCAAUCCAUCUCAGCGGAGGAGUUGGACCUCGGUCCGAGUGCGCGGAACUGGGCGGGACUGAGAGAAGAGCUGGGGAUCAUGGUGCGGGAGGUCGAGCGUGGAAGGGAGACGCUGGCGUCGUUGUCUGGAGGCGCUCGUCAGCCUCUGCAGGAAUCUGCGGAGGAUGUCGAUACCUCUGGCGAUGCUCCUACCUUCCUUCGGACAUGGGACGAUACCGACGCGCUCCCUCCUCGCUCAGUCUCGGUCGGAACUACAGCCAACACCGAUCUCGCCUCGCCUGAACGGCAGCACGACGGCGACGACACGCCAGAGGUGCUCGCUCCGGCCGGUCUUGACGAGAUCUACGAGGCAGACCUCGGUGUUCCAGAGCGUCCGGAUGAUCUGGGGCUGGGAAAGAUGGGCAGGGCGGAACGGGUGGGGAUGAUGAAGCUCGCUCGGGCUGAAGGUUUGACCUUGGGGGAGUACAUGCGGAGGAACAUGGGAUCGGGCGAGGAUGUGGUGGUUCAGAAGAGGGGAGAGGGUGGACAGAAGGUGGUGGAUGAGCUGAAAGGGGUGUUGGGGCUUGUGAGGAUGAAGAAG